CAAUUCAGGCAGCAUGGUGAAGUCGUACCUGCGCUACGAGCGCGCGUGCUCCUUCGGCGUUAUUGCUUCCGUAGAGGGCAACGUCAUCUACGAUGCCAGCGGUCGCUUUGCCAUUGCACCAGCUUUGCAGGACGUGGCCGUGUGGAACGUGCGCCAGGGCAACAAGGUGCGCGACCUGCUGGCUCCAGAGAGUGGCGGUGGUCAAGUCACUGCACUGGCAUUGAGCCCCGACGGCAAUGAUGUGGCCUGCGGCUAUUCGACUGGAGCCGUGCGUAUUUUCAAGCUGGCAACGGGUGCGCUGGUGGUGACGCUGGACGGUCACAAGGGCGCUGUGGAGGCUCUCGCAUACCGCGCGGACGGCGCCGAGCUGGCAUCGGGCUCGCGUGACACGGAUGUGAUCGUCUGGGACCUGGUGAGCCAGACAGGUCUCUUCCGCCUUAAGGGCCACAAGGACGCCGUCACAGCACUGGCCUUCCUGACGCCCACGACGCUGGCGUCCAGCUCCAAGGACACGCUCGUCAAGGUCUGGGAUCUCGAGACGCAGCACUGUGUACAGACGUGUGUGGGUCACCGCAACGAAGUGUGGUCACUAGCUGUAAACCCUAAGGGAGACCGUCUGCUGACCGGUGCGUCCGAUAACCAGCUCCGCGUGUGGAGUGUGCAGCACCAGGAUGGCGAGGAAGGUGAGACAGUCAAGCUCAUGGGCUCCAUCUACAGACAGAGCAACGACCGUGCUGCAAGAGUGGCCUAUAACCCUAAGGGAGAUUUAGUCGGCCUACAGAGUGUAGGGAAGACGGUGGAGAUCUACCGCGUGCGGUCGACCGACGAGAUCAAGAAGAAACGCCAACGUCGUGAGAAGCGUCAGCGCGAGAAGGCCAAGAAGAAGCAGCAACAGAUUGAAGAGGCAGGAAAGAACAAGAAGAUCGUCAUCCCGAAGGUACAGGAAGCGGAUGAAGAAGACGCGGCCGACAACUCGGCUACCGACGAGCUGGAACUGCUCUGUGUGGUGCGGUCGUCGCACCGCGUGAAGUCGUUCGCCUUCUCUCCUGACGUCGCGAAGGACGGCACCACGUCACUGAUGCUUGGACUACAGAAUAACAGCAUCGAGACGUACACGCUGUCGCCCAGUGCGGCGGCGCUUGAGGACAGAUACGGCAAAUCGCACGCACUUACGUUGAGUGGCCACAGAUCGGAUGUGCGUCAAGUUGCUAUCAGCUCGGACGACCAGCUGAUCCUGUCGCUGUCGGGUGCGUCCGUGAAGGUCUGGAACGCUCGCUCAUUGCAGUGUAUUCGCACGCUAAGCGAUGGUCUGUCGCUGGCAUUGUCGGCCGUGUUCGCGCCGGGUAACAUGCAUGUUGUGGUGGGCACAAAGCUGGGCCAACUACUGCUGUUCGACCUGAACUCGGGCGAGUGCAUCUGGAAGGACGAGGAGGCGCACAACGGCAGCGCCGUAUGGUCUAUCGACGUGCGUCCUGAUGGCCGUGGCAUCGUUACUGGUGGCGCUGACCAGCACGUCAACUUCUGGGACUUCGAGAUGUUCCGCCCGGACGACGCGGAGCCCAACAGCGCGCUGCGCCUCGGUCUGUCACACGCGCGUAUGCUUAAGAUGUCGGACGACGUGCUGUGUGUCCGCUUCAGCAACACGAAAGACGCCAAGAAACUGGUCGUGGCGGUGGCUCUGCUGGACUGCACGGUCAAGGUUUUCCACGACGACUCCCUCAAGUUCUUCGUGAGUCUGUAUGGCCACAAGCUGCCCGUGAUGUCGAUGGACAUUUCGUCGGACGACGCCAUGCUGGUGACAGCAUCUGCCGACAAGAACGUCAAGCUGUGGGGUCUGGACUUCGGUGACUGCCACAAGUCGAUCUUCGCGCACCAGGACAGCAUCAUGUGCGUUCGCUUCGUACGCAAGACCCACUACUUCUUCACUGCCUCUAAGGACAAGUCGAUCUGCUACUGGGACGGCGACCACUUCGAGCGUAUUCUCAAAAUCGACCGCCAGCAUUUCGGCGAAGUGUGGGGCCUCGCAGUCAGCGGUGACGGUAGUUUUGUUGUGAGUUGCUCGCAGGAUCGUUCGCUGUGCAAGUACGUUCGCACAGAGGACCAGGUGUUCAUCGAGGAAGAGAAGGAGAAAGAAAUGGAGCAGCUCUUCGAGGACGAACUGGUCAACAACAGCAACAAGAAGGCGCCUGCCAUGGGCAAGGAGAAGGGGGAAGAAGACGACGGUGAUAACGACAACUCGGCGUCGGCUGCUAAGCGUACUAUCGAGUCCGUUCGUGCCGGUGAGAGUUUGAUGGAGGCUAUCGACCUUGCCGAGACCGAACUACAGGCCAUUGCAGACUUCGAACGUGUGCAGAAGAAGAAAGCGAAGGAGGCUGCAGCGGCCACGAAGAAACGUAAGCAGGAGAAGAAGAAAGCUACCGAGGAGGCGAGAGCGAACGCCUUGCCUGGUACUGAGCAGGAGGAGACUGACGAGCCUUCCAGCAAGCCGGAGAAGGCGACGCGCCCACCGAACAUGUUGCUGCUGGGCUACUCGCCGCUUAAGUACGUGCUCCACACGCUGCGACGCAUUCGGCCGCACGACAUGGAGGAGGCGCUGAUCGUGCUGCCGUUCGACUACGUGGAGCGGCUGAUCCGACUGCUGCUGCAGUUGAUCUCGAGCCACUUGGAGGUGGAGUUCUGUUGUCGCGUGCUGCUCUUCUUGCUCAAGCUGCACAACUCGGCCAUCUGCGCGCGCGUGGGUCUGUUUAACGAGCUUGAGCUGCUGUGGCAGCGACUGCGCUCGCAGCUCGUGGAGAGCAAGAGCCGCAUCGGCUUCAACUUGGCCGGCCUCAAGUAUUUAAAACGGACGAUCGACGAGGAGCGGACCGGAUUCGUGCAGGAGAUCGCAGCCGCGCCGGCGAACGGUGCCGGCCGCAACAAGAAGAAGCGCAAGGUCGAAGCGUAACGUUGACAGAUCGUAGGAAAGUUAAAACACGAUUCAACUCGAAUUGUAGCGAGUGAGUCGAGCAAUAGACGAAUGCACGUGUAUAUCAUACGCAAUUCUGAGCGACUUUCGUUCUACUCGUACUAGCAUGUAAAGUAUCUUGAGGAGGACGUUAACUUAAGUUUUGUA